AUGAAGUAUUACAAGCUACACAAGGCGUUGUAUGGUUUGAAACAAGCUCCAAGAGCUUGGAACAAACGUGUUGACGGCUUUCUUAUUGACAUUGGUUUCAAACGAUGUGUAUCCGAACAUGGAGUUUAUGUGAGAUCGGACACGAAUGAUGGUGUUAUUAUACUUUGCUUGUAUGUUGAUGAUCUCUUGAUUACGGGCAGCCAUGACAAGAGUAUUUCAAGGUUCAAAAGUGAGCUCAUGAGAGAGUUUGAGAUGACGGACCUUGGUGUCAUGAAUUACUUCCUUGGCAUAGAGUUUCACAAGUCAAAAGUCGGGUUGCUUAUGCACCAAAGUAGGUAUGCUCUAGAUAUUUUGAAAAAGUGUGAUAUGGAGCAUUGUAAUGCUUCUAUUACACCUUGUGAGGCUAGAGUGCAGCUGUCCAAAAGUGAUGAGGAGGAGGAUGUUGAUCCAACGCUUUACCGGAGCUUGAUUGGAUCGUUACGGUAUUUGUGCAAUACGCGACCGGAUUUGACUUUUAGUGUCAGUAUUGCGAGUAGAUUCAUGGAGAGACCUAAGGUGUCUCACUUGGCGGCGGUCAAGAGGAUCCUUAGAUAUGUGAAAGGUACUCUUGGCUGCGGAAUUCUCUUUCCCGCAUCAGACACGGGGAGUAAGUGCAAUUUACUUGUCUACACCGAUUCUAAUUGGUGCGGAGAUAAAGAUGACCGAAAAUCGACGGCGGGGUACAUCUUUAUGUUUGGUAGUACACCAAUCUCUUGGUGUUCGAAAAAGGAACCGGUUGUAGCACUCUCUUCUUGUGAGGCCGAGUACAUUGCGGUGUCGUUAGGUGCGUGUCAAACUAUGUGGCUUAUGAAUCUAUUGAAGGAAUUGGGAUGUGGUAAUGAUGUUGCCACCACACUGUUUGUAGACAAUGUUUCCGCAAUAAAUCUUAUGAAGAAUCAGAUUGCACACGGAAGGAGCAAGCAUAUUGAGAUGCGGUUUAAUUAUUUGAGAGAAUUGGUCGGUGAUGGAAAGCUUAGAUUGAGCUAUUGCCGAAGCGAAGACCAAGUCGCGGAUUUGUUGACAAAGGGUGUGACAAAUGAUGUGUUCAAGAGGCUGAAGAAGUGUUUGAGCAUGGUGGACUUAGAGCAACUAAAGUGA